AUGAUGAGAUGGUGUCUAAUGCUCAGACUCUUAACUCCAGUAAAAAUUCCCAUUCUAAAAUUAAGACAUGCCCCCCCAACAUUUAAAACAUCGAUCGUAUUUUUAUCUUCCAAUUCCGUUGAUACAACUGAUAACAGCAUUCCGAAGCAUACUUCAUCCACGCUGUCGAAUAGCAAAUGCGAACCUUCGAAUCGUAUUCCAAUUGUUAUAAACGAGGCAGAUCUAAUAGAAACAUUUGUCAAAGGGUCUGGUCAUGGUGGGCAGAAAAUAAACAAGACUUCCAACUGUGUGGAUUUAAGACAUAUUCCCACUGGAAUACGAGUUCAAUGUCAGCAGACACGAUCUCUUCAAGAAAACCGAAGAAUUGCAAGAAAGAUUCUUAAGGAUAAACUAGAUGAUCACUAUAACGGAGAGUUGAGUAGAAAUGCCAUGAGAGCCGUAAAGAAGAGGAAGAGAGAGAGCAAAAGACGUAAAAGAGCCAAAGAGAAAUAUGGAACAAAUAGCAUGAUUGUAGAAAAUGCAUCAGUAGACAAAGAAGGAGAUGGCAGUAUCAACGGCAAUAAUAACAAUGAUAAUCAUAACAACGAUCUCGACAGCAAAUUAGAUGCCGAGGGUAGAGAGUAG